UUUAUCAAAACCGAAAAUCCCCAAUGCACACACUUCCCCUGUUCUUGUUCCUCUGAAUCUACUCCCAAGUCUCACUCAUCGCUACCAACUCUCUCUCUCUGUGAACCAUAGUGCACUUGAAAAUUUCCAGGGAAAAUGCAGAAUAAUCCUUCAGAAUCCGAUUCUGGGUUGUCCAUUUCUUUCCCAAUUUCUUGAGGUUUCAUCAAAAUUUCUUGGUUUUGCAGGUUGUAGCCAUGCAAGCUUGACAACCCAAAUUGUAUUUUCAAGAGGCAAUGUAAAGGAAACAACAGAAACAGGUCCUUUUUCCUCGCAUAAUGGUGGCUGCCAUUUCUCAAGCAGCUGCUGCUUCCACUGAUAAAACCCCUAAUCAUGCGAGACUCCCGCUCUUACCUUCUGAGAAAGACCAGAAAAACAAUGGUGGUCAUGUUCCUGCAAGAAAACCCAGAGGAAAACAGGUCCCUUCUAGAUAUCUUUCUCCUUCUCCUUCCUCUUCUACCACCACAACUACUACUACAAGUUCUUCUUCCUCUGCCUCAUCAUUUUCUAAGAGAUUCCCUUCUCCCUUGCUUUCUCGCUCCACAAAUUCUGGCCCAGCACAUACUCCUUCCUCCUUUUCUUCUUUUUCUGGUCCCAAAAGAUCCCAGUCUGUAGAUAGAAGGCGGUUGGUGGCUCCGAGGCCAACAACGCCGAACCCGAAGUCUAAACAAGGCAAUGCCACUGAAAUAUCAGCUGCAACAAGGAUGUUGAUCACUUCUACCAGGAGUUUAUCAGUGUCUUUCCAAGGGGAAGCGUUUUCACUCCCGAUUAGCAAGGCUAAGGCUGUGACUUCGCCAAAUUUGGGUAGAAAGGCCACUCCAGAAAGGAGGAAAGCGACUCCUGUGAGAGAUCAAGAGGAGAAUUCGAGGCCUCUGGAUCAGCAUAGGUGGCCGUGGAGGAGUAGAUAAGGGAAUUUAGGUUUGGCAGAAAGAAAGCCGAUAUUGUCUAGGAGUUUGGAUUGUAGUGGUGGAGAUAAGAGGAGUCUAGGAUCUGGGUUG